ACCAUUAGUCCUACGGAAGUUCACAGAAUUUGACAGCGAAAUUCAUCAGUAUGUCGAAACUCAAGAGAGUGCUCUCGUUGUGAGGUGCCUUGAAGACAGCGUUACCAACUACUACAUCCUCGGGAACAAACGGGAUGGUCUAUGCGAACCAAGAUCUCUGAGAUCAAUCAAAAUAGCUAUCAAACACCUGGCUUUCUACUCAGAGUUUGCUACUGGAUCAUAUAUAUCUGAUCCAGAGCGUCAGAGGGACAGUUUUUGAGAUGCAAUCAAUCAGUUCAGACAAGAUUUCAUUGACAGUCGAGGCCCACGAAAGGCGAAAAGAAUAUCGGAUUUGCCUGCCACCGCAACCUGGCCACCACCGAUGUCCAUAUUUGCAUCAUGCGAAGCAACACUGGCCAAUGCAAUAUCUGCAUAUAUACAAACUAAGGAACCGACAGUAUUACACUCGGCUUUACGCGCAACACGGGAGGCUAUCGGUUCUCUCCGUACGGAGAAUAGUAUCGACGUAUCAAAUGAAAACCAUAUGAUCCAGAUUCGGCGGCUUACAGAAGGAGUCAUGACAGAAGUCGAUGCCAGUAACUUCAUCCACUCUUACAAGUUUAUUUCGCCGGAUGCAGUCACCCCUUUUACGGAGAGCACUAUUACACAGAAAGCAAUUCUUCAGUUGAAUGCUGGUAUUGAAGCAGGGGCUCUUUCUCUAAUUGAACCAUGCCCGCCUGAUAUCGCUGAUAGCCUGUACCGUGGCAUCGUGGUUCACUUCUGCGAGACAGCUUCGAUUUCAGAUCUCGACUAUGACCAAUCAGCAUUGCUAAGCGCUGUUGUACGUGCCUACAGAAUGACAGAGGCCAGUGGAGUUUGUUUGCCUCCAAAGCCUUACUCAAUUGGUUCCGUUGAUGCGGGAUUGCUCCAGACUGUUCUCGCAAGUGUCCGAUUUGACGCCUACCAGCAUAUAAAAGAUCUGGAUGGAUUUAUCGGUUUCACGGAGAAGGAGUAUGAGGGUGGCGUUGGCUUCAACAUAACUGAUAAUCGCAGCCUUGUCCGCACAAUCACAAACAUUUGCGAUACAAAUGUUUCCGCCCAGAGCUGCAAAUCUCUUCAACAAAGAAUGGCACUUCAAAAUCUGAUUCCACUACAGUUAUUGCGCAACGAUUUUGAACGAAAAUACCUACAAUACUCCGACAUAUUGAAAGCUAUCAACAAGCAGUCGGAUAAAGACAGUGUAUCAGGCACUUCAUCUGAAAGCGAAGAUGAUGGUACUGGAGAUUUCACCAUGACAGACGGAGUCGAUGAUAUGGAAAUUGACGAGAGUGUUUCUACCAAAUACAACACUAGCAAUUAGGACUUUGGGAACACGACUGGCGAUUUUAUUUUUUCCUCAUCUUUUGGUAUGAAGUCACUGGGUUUGCAGAGGAGCUUAUACUGGGACUUACAGGAUUCAUAAUGGGGAUUCAAAUUAGACCAUUUAAAUACGGAAAUGGGAUGGUGCCUUGAAAAUAUUAUAGUUAGAUUUGCUAUUAUGGUGUUGUUAAUAUAAUUGCU